CUUUAAUUGACAUCUCGCUCCCUUAACGAUGUAAAACGUAACACCAAUAUCAAUAUGAAGAAGUUCAGUGACAUGUUUGGAGCAAUUUUUGAUAGCUGACACUUAAGCAAUUUUCCGAGAAUGUUGUGCAAAAUACAACUUUGAUAUGACAUAAGAAUAAGCAGAAAUGCAAGACAUUUGCGAAAAUAUUCGUACAGCUAUUGAACAUGGACGUACCGAUAUAAUUAGAUCCCUUUUAGAUGCAUGUGAAAAUGGUAAUACAGCUGAAGGUAUAACAAAAGACAAGAUUUUAAACCAACCAUUAUUAGAAGAAGGUACUUUUCUUUCAUAUGCUGCAAAGAGUAAUCAACCAGAUAUUGUAAGAACAUUAUUAAGUUGCGGCGCCAAUCCAGCUAUUCAAAAUGUUAAUGGGCAUAAUGCAGUAGAUGUUGCAUCUAGUGAUGCAAUACGUCGUGCUUACAUUGAGGAAUUGUUAAGAGCGACUGCUGCAUCAGAGGUGGAAAGGGUAGUACAAUUAUUAGAUGCAGGAUUAAAUGUAAAUUCAUGGGAUUCUCAUGGCAGUAAGAAUACACCUUUACAUUGGGCAGCUUGUUAUGGAAACAAAGACAUAGUCAUAUGUUUAAUUGAUAGAGGAGCAGAUGUAAAUGCAGUGAAUGGUUGUGGCGCUACACCAUUACAUGAUGCAGUAAAUCGUGGUGAUGUUGCUAUUUGUCAAGAAUUAUUACAAGCAGGUGCAAAUCCUCUUGUACGAGCAACUAAAGGAACUUUUGCAGGGAAAAACCCUUAUGAUCUGUCUAGAGGAAAACAACAUUUGCAUGGUUUCCUUCAGAGAUUUUUAUCAAACUUUAUAUCGAAUGACACCGAUACCAUGCAUAGUCCAACUGCAUCAUUUACAGAAGCAAACUUCUGUCAAAAAAGUCUUUCAAGUAACAUGAGUCAACUUUCUAUCGAAUCUACUAAAUCUUUAGAUCCAGUGUAUGAUGUACCUUUACGAGAACCAGGCAAAGAUAGUCCAACAAAAAGUACCGAUAAAGAUGGAAUUUAUAGUUUACUUUGGCCACAACCAAAAACUGUUGUUGAAUUGAAAAACUGUUCUGCAUCUUUUAUUGCUGGGAAAGAACUUUUUAUAUCUAUAAUACAGGGCAGUGAAUCUAUACAUAGAAUAUUAGAUGUUUGGGAAAUCAGUAGAACUCAUUUACUAGAAUUGGGUCAUGACGUAAAGAUUGGUGAAGUACACCCAAGCUCUGGCAAACUACCUAAUGACAACAGAAUUGACUGUAUAGUAAAUAAGAAGUUAUUCAAUAAACCUGAUGGAUAUCAAUUACAUAUUUCACAAAACACUAUUAAAGUUGGUGCUGGAAGUUUAGCUGGGUUACAUUAUGCAGUUUGUACAUUUGUACAAAUUUUGCGAUUAAGUAAAAAUCUGAGCAGAUCAGAAGCCUGUGAAAUUGAACCCGUUUUUAUAAAAGAUGAACCAAGAUUUUCACAUCGCGGUAUAUUAUUAGAUAUCUCACCUAGAGGUCGUAUACCAACAUUAGAAUAUUUAUUACAUAUGAUCGAUUUGUGGUCAUCUUUUAAAAUAUCUUAUUUACAUCUUUACUCAAGACUUACUCCAAAUUGUGAUUGGCAACUUUGUUACACAAAAUCAGAAAUGGUUACACUUGACCGUUACUGCAGGGAUCGGCAUUUAUAUUUAGUUCCAACUUUAGAUGUUGAUUCAAAUGUGGGUCAGCAUCAUUUAUCACAAAUGUGGCCUAUAUUCCAAGAAUUGCUAGCAGUAUUUCCAAGUUUAAGUUAUGUUCAUGUUGGGCCAAGGCUAGCUAGUUUACUAGUUCAAGCAGAUAAUUUUGAUUUGAAUUUAUCUAUUAAUGAAACUAUAGAAACAGAUAUGUCUGAAGUAUUUAAAUCGUAUUCGUGUCUUCAAGAACUAUGGCAUAUUCUGAAUUUGAGUUCAUCUACAACCUUAAUGCUUUGUUCAAACGGUUUACAUUCCAAACCAGAAUUCCAUAACAUACCCAAUAAUAUAAUUCUUGUAGAAUAUGGAUUUCAGGCCGAUUAUGAUUUUUCUGAAUGGACAGAAGCAUUUAGAAUAACUGGUGGUAAUGUUUUACCUAGUUCUGGAACAGCAAGUUACAAUAGUUUAGCAGGAUGUCCAGCAUCAACGUAUGCAAAUACAAAAAAUGCAAUAAAGACUUCCUUGGAGCAAGAUUCAGUUGGCAUAGUAGUGGCACACUGGUCUGGAAGUCAUCAUCUUACUCCACAUCCUUUCGCAUGGAUUGGAUAUUUAAUAGCUGCAGGAUUAGCUUGGAAUCCAGUUAGUGAAAUAGAUAUGUGUAUUGAUGACAAUUACGAAAUUUCUGAAGUAUUUGGGUCAAGGCAAAAAUGUAUUACAAAAUUGUUGGAUGUUCAUGUUUUCCAAGAUUCAGAAUAUAAAAUUGGAAACGCAAUAUUAGAAUUGGGUCGGUUAGAUACUUUAGUACUUACCUUAAGUAAAAACCAAGGAGCUAAAGAUUUACAACAGAUUCCUGAUAAUCGAGGAUCAACAUUGUACAGAUUAUUAACGGACCCUGAUAAUGUAAAUUUGGAGUACCUCUCGGCUGAUUUAUUUGCAAAAGUAACAAAACAAGUUAAACGUAUUUCUCAUUCAUUAUACGAAAGUAACUUAUCGUCAAAGUUUGCAUCAAUGGAAAUACAAGAACUUCAAUUGACUGCCGAUUUAAUGUUAACGGCAUGUAAAAUUGGGAGAACAUUGAUUGGUGUUGGUGUUAAUCCGAAUAGUAAUAUGGGUCUUGCAGUUAUUAAUUUAGGAGUAUGUAAUCUGCCACCUACAUUUAGAACUGAUAUAGCAAAUAAAAUGUUGGCUCAUAUAGAACAAUAUAAGGGUUCAUGGUUACAAAGGCAUUUACCUCAGGGCCUUCAAAGCUCUCUACUAGUCCUGACUAGUGCUCUACAUAGGUUCGUGCCAGAAACAUAAUUUGUUGUACUUUGGAAAUAUAAAAGACUUCAUAUUUAUAUAUACAUAAAAUAUGUCAGUUCCUGCUAUAAAAGACUGCAGGUACAUACUACGCAGAACGUAAUUAUGUAUAUGUGUAGCUUUUGAAUGUUCCUUUAAAAACAAAACUUUGAUACAGUACAUCAUAAUGACAUUAUUGUAAUUGUUUUAAGCACAAUUACGAUUGUUCUUCCUAAUAACUUAACUUAUAGAAAAUUUGAUGAUUUGUAUUUACAUGGAGAUGACAUUAAGGGAACACUCUUAAGCUUUAAUAAACUUUAUAAAAAAGCACUGUUUACGCUGAUUUAUGAUAUGAAAAGUGAGAAUUAAAAAUAUCAAAUUAGUUUUAUUAAAUACUAAUGUAUUUAAUAACUAUGUAUAUGCUUUUGAUUUAUUACAAUAUAUUAAUUAAUUAAUAACACUUGUGUGUUAAA